CUCAAUGUGGGUAAGAAUGAUAUGUUGACCUUCUACGAUGGUGAUGACCUGACAGCAAACACCCUGGGUCAGUACAGUGGCACCAGAUCUCGCUUCAAGCUCUACACCUCCAUGGCUGAUGUCACCAUCCAGUUCCAGUCGGACCCUGCUACUAACAUCUACGGCUACGGCAAUGGCUUCGUGGUCCACUUCUUUGGUGAGGCAUUACUAAGCUACUGUUUAGUUGUACCUGCACACUGUUUUCUGAGAAAUUCUUUAAUGGAAGAAUUCUUGGAAGAUGGCUUGAUAGAAAACAAUAAAACCUCUAUUCUCCAAAAUGGCUCUGGAAAAAUUGUCCAUACAGUACACGGAACACAGUGUUCUCUUUUUUUGUAGACUAUCACAUGCAAAGAAUGAUAAUAACUUUUUCUUGGCUGAAAAUAGAUCCUCUAACAAGAGGCUGCUGGUAGCAACCAGUGAGAGAGGGAGAUGAAUACUACAUAGAAGGUAAUACUGUGCAGAGAAGACAGCAGGACACAAGAUGAGAAGCAGGAUUGUACAGUAUCUGCUGUCCUCUCCCUCUGAACAGCCACCGGUGCAUACGAUUAUUGGACAUCAAACACAAAAACACAAUUAUGUGGCGCGCUUUGUCCACAUCAGCUGUAUUUGCCGCGUGCUGCACCCCCGGCCAUGUGUGCCAUAGUGAAAGAAGAAAAGGGCAGAACGGACGGUGCCAAACCACCCACUGCCCUCCCCUGGCUGACACACAUAGUGCAGUGUGCAAUCACUGCAAAUUGAUGACAUUCUCUUCACACACCAGAGCCUAAUUCACAUGCAAAACGCACCACAGGAUUCCCUGUGCCUGUCACUGCUGUGCUGCUGAACUCAAUUGUCAUUUAUCUGUUUUUAUCAACCACACACAUCAGUACAGUCAUAGCAUUUGGGCUUUACUUGCUGUGGAAAAAUCAACCUGUUUCUAGAUUUGAUGAGUCUAUAUUAUUAGAGCAAUCUCUUGUUCAGAUUAAUGAGGGACAUUUUUGACAAGGAUAACAUCUCAACAUACCCUGUUCAUUCUAUCUAUGUCUCUCUUAAUAUCCCCUCCUUCCUCUCCACCUCUAAAUCCCUCCAUCCUGCCCUGGCUCUUCGCUCACAGAGGUCCCCAGGAACGAUACAUGCUCUGAGCUGCCAGAGAUCACCAACGGCUGGAAGAGCACCUCCCACCCGGACCUGAUUCACGGGACAGUGGUCACCUACCAGUGUUACCCAGGUUACGAGGUGCAGGGCUCGGAGAUCCUAAUGUGCCAGUGGGACCUGAUGUGGAGCGGAGAUGUGCCCAGCUGUGAGAAAGGUGAGCUGGGAAAUAAGAUGCUCCCAGAGUGGAACUAACCAUGAUUCUCUGCCUGCUUACAAACAAUAGCCUUUAGAAGAUAAGAGACAGGAUUGUACCAGUAGGUCUAAUUAUUUUCUGUUUAGUAUUUUUUAAUCUCAUUUGGAUAGACAACAGACCAGAGACAAUUGGGUCAAACAGAGAUAGUAAAAGCCUGGAUUCAACGAGUUCCUAGAAUAACUGUUCAUGCAAGUCAGAGUCACUUUUACACCCUGCUGGUCACUGCUGCUUUGAGUGACUUCUGAGCAAAAUGGUGUCACAAGUGUCAUGUUGUAUCAGUCUGCUGUGUUAAAGCAGCAAACCUGCAGCCAUCAUCUAGAAACACAGUAGUACAUACAUAACCCCAUUUCUGCAUUAAAUAGCUUAGUAAUAGCAUUACCUGGAUAAUCUCCAGAUUAGAUAUCAACACUUCCUACAAAUGAUAAACUGUGUUAUCAAACCCAGAGCAAAAUGCAAUGUCAGGCUACACAUUUGUUGUAUCACAUGGCAUUACAGCCACUGCUACACCAAAGCAAUAGUCAUGCCACAUCUAAUCAGACAUUUUAAGUGAGAACAUAAUUUUAUUAAUGGAAUUAUUUAAAGCACUAGUGUGAAUUUAAUUGCUGUCUGAAAUCUGUUGCUGAAGUGUGGGUCUACUGAGCAACAUAAAACUCAAAUGGUUUAACUGCCACCUGCAGGUGAGAGAACAUGUUGCAUACAGCUCAUCAAGACUUGAAUGAGAUCUGAAAAUGUCAUCACACUAGGGUUCAUAGCCACUGGAAUUAGUUUGGGGGGGGGGGGGAUAAGCUUUUGCCUGCGCUAUAUUGGUCCGCUAAUACAGGACUAUUAAAGGUCCAGUGCACUACUUUUCUGAUAUUUAUUUUACUUUAUUUUUUCUUCUUCUGGUUUUUCAGGGGGUGCUGCAGCACGCACAGCACCCCUACUUCCCAGGGCUAUGAUAGGGUUGAAUAUUUUCCCAGUAUUUUACAAAUGUUUCAUCCCGAGAAUAAAUCACUUUUCUCCCAGUAACCUGGUAUUUCCCACCAAAACUGGAAGUUUCAUUCAAAAGCAUUAGAAAGUAUAUAAAUAUGUCUGGAUUUGAUUAGAGCUUUGAUCAGCAUGACAAUUCUAACCUGAUGCUACCUGAGCCUGAUGAGCCAUUUAUUAAAUACAUUUUAUGAGCCCUACAUUAACGACAUUUAACGAGCCCAAGCCCAAAAAAGCCCAAAUGAUUGUGCCAUUAUCCAACACAUAUAUGAUAUAGGCUACUGCACAUUAUGCACAACAGAAAAACAUAAAAGCCCAUAGAUGUAGCUAGCUAUAUGCUCUCUUGGGUAAAUAAAUGAAAGCAGAAGAGAACAUGCGUUUCUGGUGCACCACAUGCGGCCUACAAAGUUACAAGUAUAGGCUAGCAAAUUUGAUUCAAUUUAUUUAAUACAAUAACGCCUAUUUGUAUAAUUAGUAGGCUGACGCAUAUAUAUACCUUUCAUAAUAUUUCCCCUAAUGUUAUUAGCCUACCUCCUCUUUCUCUCUCUAUUGUUGCUUCAUUCAUUCCUCGCUUUCAACAGCUAAAUGAAAUACGUUUUGUUGUCCUUAUCUUCAUCAUUCUAAUGAUAUCCUUGAAUAACAUAGGAGUAGAAUUAGAUACAGAAGGCUUUCACUUCUCUUCAUGAAGAUUGAAUGGUUAUGGGUCUGAAUAAAGAACUGCUAUAGCCUACCGCCAUCACGCGUUCAAACUACCUGUGAGUUCUAUUCGGCUGCUGUAUUUAACAUUCAGCAAAAAGAGCUUGAGUCCCUCUUCGAAUAGUCUAUUGCUAUAAGAAAUGCACACAACAACAAAAAAGUCCAGCAUCUAUUCUAGUCUAGCUUUCCCUGCAUGGGACUCCAAGAGCUAAUGAGCGUUUUUAAGGAGAGGCCAGCGGGGCAUAGGUGCUUGCAGUCGGAUAAACACUCCAAACAGCCUACCCGACCGCUCGGAAGCGUCCACAUGGUCCUAAAGCACACCGUUGCCUCGAUUUGUAUCACAUUCCAAUGAUAAAACUGGAGGGGACACAAAUGCAAUUUCAGUGAAAGUUGCACUGCUGGGUGCUUGCAUAUUGUGCAAGAGACAGAUGCUAUAAUUUAGAAGCUUAUUAUACAUACCCCAUAAUUAAUUAGCUAAAUAUUAGGCUAAUACUGCAUUGAAUGUAUUACCUGAAAGAGGUAGGCUAGGACAUCUAUAUAUAGGCCUAUAUAUCAAUCUAGAACAGGAUUAUCUAUUUUGGAUGCAAUUUGAAUGGAGUUGAUGGAGAGAAAGAAAGACUGAAAGAGUGCUCACGCAUGCACUGAUUUAAAGCAACGAUAUUCGAGUGACAGGCUGUUUGAAAACUCUGCAGCUGCAAUAAAAAAUAAAAAAAACAUAUCUUUACAAUUAAAAAAUAAGGUGACCCCCGAAAGCCAGAUGGAAAUAGGUAAAUUAGACGCGCAUUCAGUCUUUAUAUUACUGUAGCAUAGACUAUGCUGCAGCAAAUGCAGGCCUACCUGUUACAAGAAAAAAAGUUACCAUGAUGAGAUGAUAGGUCUACAUGCAUUAAGAACUGCACUUCAUACUGAGAUGGGCUGUCUGUCCCCACCCUGAGCGUUGAUGAUUCAUCAUGCAGAGGCCAUAGAGAAGUCAGAUUUAGACAUCGCAUAUAAUUUAAAAGUUAAAUUUCACGCCAUGCUGUUCAUAUAAAUAAUGUAUUAUAUUUACCGGUUUCUCAUAGUUAUUUAUCCCGGGAAAAGGGAGUGGUUUUGGGCAGUAAAUCCCAGUAAAUCUUGGUAAUUGGGUUCCCGCCAUUCAACCCUACAUCAUACUAAGGAAUAUUAAAAUGUUAUUUUAUAUUUAAAUACAGUCAAUUACAGAUGAAAACCACAGUUAAAAGAACCACCGUUUUUUAUGGGGUCCUUCUUGUUUUGUAGCACAUUUCAACCCCAUCCUCCAGUGUGUAAUUACUGGUAGCAGUCAGAGGGAGCCAUGUUCUUGGUCUCUGUGUGUUUAGUGACAUCGAUCCAUCUGCACAUCUCUGAUUCAUAUGUUACAGGCCACGGCAGAUCCAGUGCUUUUCUCUGUGUGUGGAGGUCCCCUGGGCUGUGGACUGCUAUGCCUGGAUAGCUUCAAUAUCCAGCCCUGUUCUUUUUAAUGACCUAGAUAGAUGGCUGACAUUGGAUUAGAAGGCUCUGGGUGUCAUCUACUGGGUUAUUGUAUGAGAAUGGGCCUUUAUUGAGGGAAUCACUGAGGAUAAGAUGUGGUGUGACUUGACUAAUAAUGAUGAUCGUGAAUGUACUGUAUGGUAGUGGUUAUGCAUUGGAGUGGUUAUCAAUUUGCCUGUGUUUUCCGCCUGUGUGUGUGUGUGUCUGUGUGUGGUGAUCAGUGAUGACGUGUCCGGACCCGGGGAACGUGGAGCACAGUCGGAGGGUGUUGACGGGAUCACGCUUCAUGGUGGGAUCGACGGUGCAGUAUGUGUGUAAUAAGGGAUACUCCCUGUCUGGAAGCACACUGCUCACCUGCUACAACAGAGACACAGCCAACCCCAAGUGGAGCGAGAGGCUGCCCAAGUGUAACCGUAAGUCAGGAAACUGUAUCUGAGCAAAUACACACGCAAACAUACACACACACACACAGUGUUGUUUAUUUUAUUCAACCAGGAUAGUCGUCCUCCUCUCUAACAAUCGGCACUAUUUUUCAAUAGUCCACAGUAUGUCACGAUCGUUCAUUAACGAGAAGGACCAAGGCGCAGCGUGAUAUGUAUUCAUAUUUAUUCACGUACUGAACACACGACAAAACAACAAACGAAACGUGAAGUCCAAGGUAGCACACAAACAACAUACCUUACACGGAACAAGAUCCCACAACAAACAGGUGCCAACAAGCUGCCUAAGUAUGGUCCCCAAUCAGAGACAACGAGCUACAGCUGCCUCUGAUUGGGAACCACCCUGGCCAACAUCGAUCUAAACGAUCUAGAACUAAACAUAGAAAAACACAACAUAACACGGAAUAUACACACCCUGACUCAACAAAUAAACGUCCCCUGAGUCAGGGCGUGACAGUACCCCCCCCCCCCCCCCCAAAGGUGCGGACUCCGACCGCGCCAUAUAAACAUAACAGGGUAGGGGCCGGGUGGGCAUUCCGCCUCGGAGGCGGAUCCGGCUCCGGGCGUGACCACCACUUUCUCUCCACCUCCCUGUUGCGCCCCUGGUCUGGUCUGGCACCGCUGACUGGAGCUGGACCCGACAACGGUGGAUCGAACUGUACAGGCUCCGGACUGGAGCCGCUGACCGGAGCUGGACUGGGCACCGGUGGAGCGGACUUCUCUGGCUCCGGAGUGGAGCGGCUGACCGGAGCUGGACUGGAUCCCGGUGGAGCGGAUUGCUCCGGAGUGGAUCCGCUGACUGGAGUUGGACCGGACCCCGGUGGAGCGGAUUGCUCUGGCUCCGGAGUGGAAAAAAGGCACGGGCCGUGCCAGACUGGACACAUGCACCACUGGCUUGGUGCGGGGAGCAGGAACGGGCCGGACCGGGCUGACGACGCGCACCACUGGCCUGGUGCGGGGAGCAGGAACGGGCCGGACCGGGCUGACGAUGCGCACCACUGGCUUGGUGCGGGGAGCAGGAACGGGCCGGACCGGGCUGACGACGCGCACCACUGGCUUGGUGCGGGGAGCAGGAACGGGCCGGACCGGACUGACGACGCGCACCACUGGCUUGGUGCGGGAAACAGGAACGGGCCGGACCGGGCUGACGACGCGCACCACUGGCUUGGUGCGGGGAGCAGGAACGGGCCGGACCGGGCUGACGACGCGCACCACUGGCUUGGUGCGAGGGACAGGAACAGGCCGGGCAGGACUGGGAACACGCACCACUGGCUUGGUGCGGGGAGCAGGAACGGGCCAGGCCGGACUGGGAACACGCACCACUGGCUUGGUGCGGGGAGCCGGAACGGGCCGGGCCGGACUGUGGAGGCGGACUGGAGGUCUGGAGCGGAGAGCUGACACAACCCGUCCUGGCUGAAUGCCUACUUCCACACAAUAUGUGUGAGGCAUCAGCACAGGACGUACAGGACUGUGCACUCGUACUGGCGAUACAGCACGUAGCCCCGGCGCAGGAUAUACGGGACCGAGGAGGCGUACUGGAGACCACGAGCGUUGAGCCGGCACACCCCGUCCUGGCUGAAUGCCCAUCUUCGCACGACACGUGCGUGGUGCUAGCACAGGACGUACAGGACUGUGCCGGAACACUCGCAGCACAGUACGUGGCUCCGCAUAACACGGAGCCUGCCCAGUCACACGCUUCCUAGCAUGAGUACAGGGAGUUGGCUCUGCUCUAACACUAGGCUCCGCCAACCACCCUUUUAGCCCCCCCCAACAUUUUCUUGGGGCUGUCUCUCGGGCUUCCUCCUCGGCCGGCACCUUCUGCGUUGCCGCUGCUCCUCUCUAUAGCGCGCCUCCACAGUCUCCUCCCAAGGACGGCGAUCCAUUCCGGCCUGAAUCUCCUCCCAAGUCCAGGAUCCCUUCCCGUCCAGGAUCUCCUCCCAGGUCCAGGCUGUCUGUUCCUGGACACGCUGCUUGGUCCUCAUUUGGUGGGAUCUUCUGUCACGAUCGUUCAUUAACGAGAAGGACCAAGGCGCAGCGUGAUAUGUAUUCAUAUUUAUUCACGUACUGAACACACCACAAAACAAUAAACGAAACGUGAAGUCCAAGGUAGCACACAAACAACAUACCUUACACGGAACAAGAUCCCACAACAAACAGGUGCCAACAAGCUGCCUAAGUAUGGUCCCCAAUCAGAGACAACGAGCUACAGCUGCCUCUGAUUGGGAACCACCCUGGCCAACAUAGAUCUAAACGAUCUAGAACUAAACAUAGAAAAACACAACAUAACACGGAAUAUACACACCCUGACUCAACAAAUAAACGUCCCCUGAGUCAGGGCGUGACACAGUAUUCCUUUAGAUAAUAUAUUGUGGAUGUUCUUAGUACAUUCAGCAAAGUUGUAACCUGAGAGGACGUGCUGAUUUCUUUCACGCAACCUCCAGAAGCCCUCCAAAAGCAUUGAUGACCUGUCAUCCUGGCCUUCUCGCUCCCUGCCUCAGAUAAAAGGAACUUUUGGAUGAAAAUUAAACAGAGUAUUUUUUUCUUUCAACCGGAGAGCAGGUGCAGAAUCAAUAUGGCCUAUGUAAUAAGAGCUGGCCCUGCUGUUCAAACAGAGUGGUGAUAAGACAGUCUCUUCAUUGUUUCAAAGUAAUUAUACAGGCUGGAAACUGUCCCAGGUAACUUACAAUGGGGAAAUGAGCUGAGGGACUGACACUGGUUGUCAGGUCAGGAACUAUCUGCACAGUGUGAUAGUGCCUAUUGAUAGCCACAUCUGCCUGUGUCAAACAUCAUUACUUUUGCAUAGAGGGAAAACACAAUGUGAGGCAGCGGCCUUAUGUAAGUGGUGGCAGAAUGUGUAUCUAUGUUGGAAAUGAUGCAUGUGAUAAUGGCACUCUGCUGUCUAAGAGACAUUGAAACACCCAUAGUGACAGCCAUGGUGUGUGUGUGUGUGUGUGUGUGUGUGUGUGUGUGUGUGUGUGUGUGUGUGUGUGUGUGUGUGUGUGUGUGUGUGUGUCCUGGCAGCGGAGAGGUACGAGCCCUGCAGGAACCCUGGCGCCCCGUCCACCAGCGUGCAGAGCUUAGAGAAGGCUUUCUACCAGGCCGGGGAGACCCUGAGCUUCACCUGUCAUACCGGCUAUGAGAUGCAGGGGGAGCCCACCAUCCGCUGUGUCCCUGGACACCCGUCACAGUGGAGCGGCACACCACCCGCCUGUAGCGGUACAUUGUCUGCUUUCAUAGCACACAUAUGCCUCAACUUAGAAUAACUUAUGAUGGCCAGUUCUAUGAUGUGUAAAAAUAUCAGGGUACUCAUGAUUUUUUAUUUUUUUUCCCGGCAGCCUCUUCUCAGUAUUUGAACGAGCGCAAGUUGGAUGGUAAGUAUAUCAGCUAGUUGUAACCACAGUGUGAAGUAUGGUGAUGCCAAUAGAAGAUAUAUUUAUGCUGUACUUGUUUUUCGGUCAUUUCUAGUUAUGCAUAUUCUAUGUUUUUAUUCAGUUGCUAGUCCUGGCUACAGUAUGGAAGGAACCAACAUUGUCAUUGCUGUUCUGAUUCCUGCUGCGGUUGUAUUGGUAGUCAUCCUAGGGAUUUAUCUCUACUUUGCAAAGUGAGUAUGAGAAUGAAAGAAGGGGAAGUAACUGCAUAACACCCAUCAAUUGCUAACAUGUGUAAUUCAGUUGAAGGCCUCAGAGCAGUCUAGAGGCUCUGUUCAAUAGAGUGUCUUUGUGUCUCGUUGUCCCUCAGACUUCAGGGGAAGACCAUCAGAAUGCCAACAUCAUCCUUGCCGCCGUAUGACAACAUGACAGAGGAGUCUGCCUUUAAUAACCCAAUCUAUGAGACAGGAGUAAGUAUGGAUGUCAUGCACAUGAAUCUCCGAGACGUGGACUCCCAGAACACCAUAGUCCUGUCCUGA